AUGUCUACGGAACGCAGAAUCAAAACGUUGAAGACGAGGCAGAAGAGCCUUCUAGCAUCGUUUUCCCUCACUCAAGACUUUGUGGACAACUACGAUGAAGAAAGAGAUGCUUGCGAAAUUCCAGUACGAUUGGAGAACCUAAACGAACUCUGGUCGGACUUCAAGAACAUCCAGUCUGAACUGGUAACCCUCGACGAGGCCUCCGUCGAUGUGCAGCUCAAACAGCGAACCGAUUUCGAAACCACGUACUAUCGUGUUAAGGGAUUCCUGCUUUCCCGCAAUAAAACGCCUCCUACACCCACAAUGAACGCUUCUUCUUCAUCGAUCUCGCAUUUCCCUGGCUCUGGAUCUUCGUCUCAUGUUCGCCUGCCCGAUGUGAAAUUGCCGGUUUUCAAUGGAAAUCUCGAUAAUUGGUUGAAUUUCCAUGAUCUAUUCGUCUCCCUGGUCCACGCUUCGCAGGAUCUGUCGUCGAUUCAAAAGUUUUAUUACCUGCGUUCAUCAUUGGCCGGCGAUGCACUAAAACUAAUCCAAACAAUCGAAAUUAGUGCGAACAACUAUACCGUUGCGUGGAACAUUCUUGUCAACCACUACCAAAAUCCAACCCGCCUAAAGCAGACAUAUCUCGAUGCGCUUUUUGAGUUUGGCACACUGAAACGGGAAUCUGCGGCCGAGCUCCACUCGCUAGUGGAGAAAUUCGAAGCCAAUGUUAAGGUGCUGAAACAACUUGGUGAAAGGACGGAAUGCUGGGACAUUAUUCUCAUCCGCAUGCUCAGCGUCCGAUUAGACCCCGUAACGCGGAGGGAUUGGGAGGAAUUUUCGGCGUCCAAAACCAAAGUCGUCUUUAAGGACCUCACGUCGUUCAUUCAGCGAAGAGUGAACGUACUUCAAACGCUCCAAGGGAAGACUGUCGACACUCCAGCGCCCCAUCAGCAAAGCAAGAAACCUAUCCAGCGGUCUGUAACCAGUCACGGUGCCAGCCAAGGUCAACCAGGUCGGAAAUGCGUCGUGUGUUCCGAACAUCAUCCGCUGUACUUGUGCCAAACAUUCUCGAAACUCGAUGUUGCAGCUAAGGAAAAGGAAGUCCGCCGUCACCAACUAUGCCGAAAUUGUCUACGGAAAGGACACCAGGCUCGGGACUGUUCAUCAUCAAGCACUUGUCGAAAAUGUCGAGGUCACCAUCAUACCCAACUUUGUGCCGUAGAGAAUCCUACUACCACGAGCUCCAGAGCAACUGAAUCUUCCCAGGCGUCGUCUACCCCUCCUGCUGUAUACCGAGGCCAACCGAAAGCAUCAGUUUCAGCUACUGUCGAGAAAUCUACAAGUUACACCAGCAGUAGUCAGGCAAGAAAGAGCGUACUUUUGGCCACCGCCGUCGUCAAACUAGUUGAUGAUUCUGGUAAAGAGCACACUGCAAGGGCACUUCUCGAUUCCGGUAGUGAAUGCUGCUUUAUAACCGAAUCACUCUCCCAACUUGUGAAAGCGCAACGAAAGAAGAUUUCCGUACCCAUCUCUGGCAUUGGACAGUCAACAACGUACGCACGAUACAAAAUUGUUGCUUCGAUUCGCUCCAGGAUUGGUCACUUCUCCACGGCUGCCGAAUUUCUAGUGCUUCCUAAGGUCACCAUCGAUCUUCCGGCCGCUUCCUUUGACAUCUCCACUUGGAAAAUACCCCACGGAGUACAGCUUGCCGAUCCGUUCUUCUAUGAUUCCAACCCGGUUGAUAUAAUUAUUGGCGCCGAAGUCUUCUUCGAUCUUUUCAAAGUGUCUGGUCGCAUCCAACUAGGAGAAUCGUUACCGACUUUGAUCAAUUCUGUUCUCGGUUGGGUAGUUUCUGGAAAAGCGUCACAGGCGGAAACUUUAAACCCAACGAUUGUGGCAAAUGUCGCAACAGUAAGUGACGUUCAUCAGGCCAUCGAGCGAUUCUGGAAACUUGAAGAAGACGACAAUUCUACGAACUAUUCCAUCGAAGAAACCGCUUGCGAGGAACACUUUCGUCGCAAUGUGAGACGUAAUUCCGAAGGGCGAUACAUUGUUCGCUUACCGUUAAAAGAGAGCAUUCUCAACCAACUAGGCGACAACCGUCACACAGCAGUCCGUCGAUUUCGGAUGCUAGAAGGCCGUCUUGGAUGCAAUGAGGAUCUUGCAAAACAGUAUUCAACGUUCAUUGACGAAUACCUUGCCUUGGGUCAUAUGAAGCAAGUGUACGAUUACCAAUCUCCUCCGUCGCCUUGCUACCACAUGCCCCACCAUGCCGUCAUACGCGAAGAAAGCACCACCACAAAACUAAGAGUCGUAUUCGAUGCCUCAUGCAAGACUUCAGAAGGACCUUCGCUGAAUGAUGCCCUAAUGGUUGGUCCAACUGUGCAACAGGAUAUUCGUUCCAUAAUCAUGCGCUCGAGAACGCAUCGAGUAAUGAUCAUCGCAGAUGCCAAACAAAUGUAUCGACAAGUUCUCGUGGAUGAGCGUGACACGCCACUCCAAAGAAUAGUUUGGCGACAAUCACCAGAUCAACCCCUAAACACGUACGAACUGCUAACGGUGACGUAUGGAACGGCAAGUGCCCCAUUUCUCGCCACGCGAGUGCUUUUACAGUUAGCUGACGAUGAGCAGGAACAUUAUCCAGCAGCAGCAAAAGUUCUUCGAAAGGAUGUUUAUGUGGAUGACCUGUUCUCGGGUGCAGAUAGCGUGGAAGAAGCCAUUGAACUCCGUCAGCAACUAGAGGCACUUCUAUCCAAGGGCGGAUUCCAACUUCGCAAGUGGGCAUCCAACGAAGCAGCUGUUCUGGAAGAUCUGUCGGUAGAAAAUCGAGCCUUACAACCAUCUGUCGACCUAGAUCGUAACCAAACAAUCAAAUCGCUUGGUCUUCACUGGGAACCUGCAUCAGACCUACUAAAAUACAAGAUUGUAGUUCCUGUUGAUUCCACUGAAUCACCUGUAACAAAGCGAAGCGCCUUAUCGCAAAUAGCACGACUUUUUGAUCCGCUUGGAUUGCUAGGUCCGGUCGUCAUCUCUGCCAAAAUAUUUAUGCAAGCACUCUGGACGUUAACGGACAGCAACGGAAAGCCAUGGGGCUGGGACGCAGAGCUACCCUUGCCAAUGAAAGAGCGAUGGCAUUCCUACAUGUCAGAGCUAUCGCUUCUUAACAAGCUACGCAUUGAACGCUGCAUACUUGCUUUGAAGCCUGCAUACGUUCAAUACCACUUUUUCUCGGACGCAUCUCAACAAGCAUACGGUGUGUGCUGUUAUAUCCGAUCUGCUGACAUAUCUGGAUCCUUCAAGGUCGCCUUACUAACGGCCAAAUCAAGAGUAGCACCCCUAAAGCAGCAGAGUAUUCCUCGUCUGGAGCUUUGCGGAGCUCUCCUCGCAGCUGAACUAUACUUGAAGGUUUCGCAGUCUCUAGAACUCCCCGGUCCUGCAUUCUUCUGGGUCGAUUCAAUGACGGUCCUUACGCAAAUCGAAUGCUGCCUCAACUCGCGCCCUAUGAUCCCACUCAGCGAUGAUCCGUCCGAUUCCGAGCUGCUCACGCCUGGCCAUUUUCUCAUCGGUUCAGCGCUGAAAGCUGUCCCGAGCACCGACGUGACCGCAAUCCCUUUGAACCGUUUGCGACAGUAUCAACAGACGCAAAAACUGUUCCAGCUGAUAUGGAAACGGUGGCAUCUUGAAUAUUUGAGCGAACUUCAGCCCCGCACUAAAUGGUACAAUCCACCAAUUUCCAUUCAACAAAACCAGCUCGUUCUCCUCAAGGAGGACAAUACUCCACCGAUGACUUGGCCUACUGCCAGAAUAGUUGAAACACACCCUGGGUCUGAUGGAAUCAUCCGUGUGGUAACCGUCCAAACUUCCACUGGUCGAUACACUCGUCCGGUCUCAAAAAUUUGCUUGCUGCCGAUUCCGCCCCCGCAAUCCUCGACAGGGGAAACAAACAAAACCAACGACGCAAGUGAAGCUGAGGAAAUCGACGAUAGCAUCAUACGUUCUUCGAAUCGAUCCAAUUAUUCCAUCGCCAAGCAGCAACUUUUUGGCCGGAAUCAUCUGGCCACGGGAAUGUCACAUCUGCAGCACCUACAAUAA